AUGCCUCUAUCAACACCCCUAACCCUCAUCGUCGCAACAACCCCAAUCCCCCACCACCUACCAACAAAUGCCCGCCCCAAGCUCGGAAUCGGCCAAAACGGCACCCUGCCCUGGCCACGCAUAAAAGCUGACAUGAGCUUCUUCGCACGCGUGACAUCGCGCCCACCCGCCACUCGCCCCGGGAGCACAAAUGCAGUAAUCAUGGGCCGCAAGACAUACGAAUCUAUCCCCGAAAAACUACGGCCGCUGGGGAAGAGAAUUAAUGUUGUUGUCACGCGGGAUGUGGAGGGGAAUGCGGGGAGGGUACAGAAGGAGUUGGAGGGGAAGAGGGAGAGGGAUGCUAAUAGGGCUGCUGAAGCGAAGGCACAAGGGAAAGCUGGGGGUGCGGGGACGGGAACGGAGGGGACGACGGAUGCAAUUGUUAGUGAGAGUUUGGAGGGUGCGAUGGGUGAUUUGGAGGGUGUGUAUGGGACUGGGGAGGAGAGCAGGUUGGGGAAUAUAUACAUUAUUGGCGGGGGAGAGAUUUACGCUUCUGCACUGCGUUCUAGUGCUAGACUUAACAGGAAGAUUCGCAUCGUCAUGACGAAUGUGAAGAGGAAGGGGGAUAAGGGAUAUGACUGCGAUACGUUCUUCCCCGUCGAUGAUUUCAGCGCUGAGAAUGGGUGGCGAACGGCUAGCCCUGGGGAGGUUAGUGAAUGGGUUGGGGAGGGUGUUGAUGGGGAGUGGAGGGAUGAAGGGGAGGUGGUGAUCCAGAUGGUUGGGUAUGAACGGGUUGACUGA